ACGCCUUGGCAGUGUACAGUCGGCGUUUCAUAUAGCAUUUGGGUUUCGCUUGUCAACAAAAUGUCAGACCUGUUGAAUGCUCCUAGGAGCGCUCUUGACGUUCUAUUACUUGGUAUCAUGAUCACUCAUGAAUUAAUGGACUACUAUACAGCAGUACGCGACCAGGAUGCUGAAAUUGCUAAAACGACGAAGAAGCUUUCGGAUCUACUCGCCUUGCUUAAUGAAUUGCACUUACAGAUAGAGCAACAUCGCCAAAGAAAGAAUAGAGGAAAUAUUUUGGCAACAAUAGAAUCAUCCACGAAAGAUUGCGAGGAGAUCAUUGAAGAGUUGAAGGAGGAAUUAACUAAGUUCAGGCGAGUGCCACAGCAUUCCACGCUAACUAAGCUGCUCACCACUGGCCGUCGCUUCGCGUAUCCCUUUCGAAGAAGCACGCAUCAAAAGCUUGAUGAAGAUAUCAAUGAAAUACUUCGACGACUGUCUUUCGGCAUGAACAUAGUGCUGCAUAGAGAUAUUGCAAGAUUGCAAAAUGGUAUGGAUGAUGUCAAAGCAUUGCUUCAGUCGAUGGGGACCGCGCAAGUUUCCUCAGAUAUCAAAGACUGGCUCGAGGCGCCCGACGCCAUGAUAAAUUUCAAUGAAGCAGCAGACAAGAGGCACCGCAAUACGGGUCUUUGGUUUGUGCAAAGUCAAGAGUUCGAAAACUGGAAACAGAGUACUUCUUCAUUUCUCUGGCUUGUUGGCUUUGCAGGAUGUGGUAAAUCCAUCUUGUGCUCCACGGCCAUCCAACACACAAUACAACAGCGUACGAGCCGAGGUGCUGCUCUAGCGUUCUUUUUCUUCACUUUCAAUGAUGACCGAAAACAAAGUGCAUCGUCUAUGCUCCGCACGCUUAUACUGCAGCUAUCCGGACAGCUCAGCCAAGGCAAUGCUAUUCUUUCAAAACUGCAGAAGAGCUGCCAUAGCAUGACCCCAUCCAACCAGGCACUCAAGGACUGUCUUCGGCACAUUUUGAGACAAUUUCAGGCGACAUUUAUCUUUCUUGAUGGUCUAGAUGAAAGCCCAAGAGACAAACAUCGUGGAGAUGUUUUGCAAGCAUUGGCAGAGCUACGUUCAUGGUCAGAACUAAGUCUGCACAUCAUGGUAUCUAGUAGAGAUGAAGUCGAUAUUCGCGAUAGCUUGCGUGGCUGCUCUACGGAGAUAAUCAGGAUGCGAAACUCUAGCAUUGAUUCCGAUAUUGCGGCCUUCAUUUCUGAAAACCUGCGCAGCAACUCCCGCCUGCGAAAGUGGGAGCAGCAUUCUGACCGGAUUAGCACUGUUCUUACAGAGGGAGCUCAAGGCAUGUUUCGAUGGGCGGAGUGCCAGCUUGACGCAGUUGCGCGCUGCCCGCGGAGCGAGGACCACCUUGAGAGUGUGCUCCGCUCACUGCCCCAAACGCUUGACGAGACUUACGAACGUAUGCUUCAAAGAAUAUCAGUAGAAUCAAAAGGCGAAGCAAGAAGGAUGCUGACGAUGCUCUGCUGUGCAAGGCGGCCCUUGGUGGUGGACGAGCUCCUUGAAGGCAUGGCUGUGGAGCUUGGAGAGUCGCCAAGGUUCAGCCCGAAGCGGAAGCUCAUGGACAUGGACGCGAUCCACGAGAUCUGCCCCGGAUUCAUAGAGUUUGAUCGGAAUGAUGGUGCAGCAGAAACGUCUGUACGUAUUGCGCACUUUUCGGUUCAGGAAUACCUGGAGUCGGAUCGAAUCUGCACUCGCCAAGAUGUAGCCUUUUACAGAGUGAAGAGACGGCUUGCCCAUGCGGACAUGGUAUGCAUUUGCCUCACAAUAUUGCUUGAGCCAGACCUGCUCCAAGACGAACGUAUAGUAGAAGAUUCGCCAAUUAAGACUCCGACUCCGAAGGUAGCAAUGGCGAACUACGCUGCACGUUAUUGGCCGGCACAUUAUCACGAUUGUCAGCAAAACUCCCUUGUUGUUAAUCAAGCAAGCCGGCUCUUGGCCGACAGAAAUCCACACUUCAAAGCAUGGGUUGCUCUCCAUGAUGUCAACCGCCUUACCUCAACCCCAUCACCCCUCUAUUAUGCAUCACUUCUUGGACUAGAUGCCGUGGUUCGCAAUAUUCUUGCCUCGUAUCCUGAUAGCAUCAGUAUGAAUGGUAAACGGUUUUAUCAUCAAUUUACGCUUCGUGGUCGAUACAACAGCCGACAGAUCCAGAAGGGCGAGCAAGAUUGUCCAGACAUCAACGACCGAGGCGGAUACUAUGGGACUGCUCUGCUGGCAGCAUCUGUAAGGGGACAUGUCCAUGUUGUCCAACAGCUGCUUGCCAAAGGCGCGGAUAUUCACACAAAUGAUGAUCUAUAUGGGAGCGCGUUGCAUGCAGCAUCGCAUCAUGGCCAUAGAUCUACACUGGAGCACCUCUUGGAUAAGAGCACCGAGGCAAGACUACAACGCGAACGCGGAUCCAUAAAUCCAUGGGGUACCGGUUAUAGUGCAACCCUGCUGCCAACGACGAUAGCGUUGGGGUUUGCUGCGUGGCUUGCUGACUCCGAGAAGAGCCGGAUAUCACUUCCAGUGUAUGCAACUGCUACAUUGCUCUUGGCUUGCACCAUCAGCUACUCAUUAGCCUUACGAGGUAAAUUUAUUGAGCCAUUAAGUGAACGAAAUGCACAAUCACCCGACAGAAUUGCCAAUGUCGACUCUAAGAAUAAGUAUAGCCGGACGCCGCUGUCAUGUGCCGCUGAGAAUGGGCAUAUUGAUGUAGCCGUGUUCUUGCUUGAAGCAGGCGCCGAUGUGAAUGCACGGGAUGCGCAUCGCAGAACGCCAUUAUCUUACGCAGCUGAGCACGCUCAUGUCGCUAUGACGAAACUGCUUCUCCAUCACGGAGCUGCUGCCAGCCUUGAUUCAGAUCCACGAGAUCCAGGUACAGAUCUCAUAGAAAUAGGUGACACAGAAAACAUGACACCAUUGCAUUACACAGUCAGGUUUGCAGCCGCCAAUGUUGCAAAACUCUUAUUAGAAUCUGGUUUAUCCAUUGACGUCGCCGUCCGCCGCAGGCUCUGGGUUCAUCGCUUCGAUGAAUCAGGCAGGAUCACAUGCAAGCCUGACGCCUCGCACGCCUCAGACGGAAAUGGAAUUGGCUUGACACCGCUACACUAUGCAGCAUGGGUGGGAAGUAUGAAAAUGGUUGCGUUUUUCCUACGCCAUGGGGCGGAUCCUAAUGCUAGGUCCCAAGAGGGAGAGACCCCCCUUCAGUUAGCCGUCGCCAAAACUAUUAAAGGACCAGAGUAUAUGCAAUACAGAGACUACUGGACGGAGGAUGACUGGAGAAUUGAGGUUAUCUCUAGCAUCGCCAUUGAUGAAGGGAGAGCUGAAGAGCUUUCAUCAACCCACGCCGAAAUAACACGUGCCCGCAUGUCUGUGCUUAGCGCACUGCUCGAUGAUGGGAGAAUUAGAGUUAACGAUGUGGAUGAUGAAGGAGAAUCGGCCUUACACAAAUUGAAAUAUGGUAGAUCCGGAGAACAUCAGUUCGUCAAAAAGCUGGUUCAGUAUGAUGCCCAAUGCACGGCCCGGCGACAGGAUAACAAGACACCUCUACACCUCGCCUGCCUAGGUGGUGAUUACAGGUCCGUUCGUAUUUUGGCAAAUAGUGCUGAUCACCUGGCGCGAUGUGACAAAGAUGGCGAAAACUCGCUUCAUUGCGCUUGUAGAAGCGGCUGUAAGAAGACCAUUAAGGAGGUGAUACGCGCUUGCCGAAAGCACAACAUCGACUUGUCACCAACAAAAAGCUCGCUUGGGAAGAACGCACUGCAUUGCUAUGUUGAAUCAAUUUUCGUACAAAAGGGAGUGGUGCAGGUGUUGUUGAAUUACGGUGUUGAGCCUUCAGAGAGGGAUUCCACUGGAUCGUCGGCUCUCUCGCUGUACGAGAAUCUACCAUUCAAUGUCACCGAGCCGGAUAUACACCGGCUGCUGAGCUUCAACAAAUAGAAAUUCAAGAUGGUCACAAUCACUAACUGCAUUUGCACUUGAAACUAUCUCUCACAAUCGUGAUCGCAGGAAUAGAAUAAGUUUUGAUAGUGCAGAGCCACUCGUCAUAUCUUCCUCACAUGCGUCGCUUUCCACAUGCUGCAGAAGCCCGCUAACGGUCUGGAAUGGUGUUGCACAUGUUGGACAUUCGAAGUUGUAGUCAUUGGUUGAGCUCUCGUAUGCAAAUGAGUGCUUACACUCAGAUGCCAGAUCUAUGACGUCUUCGCAG